GCGGGUGGUGGCACGUAGUCCUCAACCUGGACACGACAAUCGCCGUCACUCAGAACUUCGCCAGCACGACCAACUUCCCCAUCGUGUGGCACAAAACGGUCCGCGGGCGACCCAAACUCUCCAGGAAGUGGUACCGUGUCUUGAAGCAGGAGAGACCUGAUAUGGCAGCUCUGGCAGACAAAGUGGACCUUCAGGAGUCGACGGGAAUCGCGUCCGACAGCUCCAGUGACUCCUCGUCAUCCUCCUCCAGCUCCUCCGACUCCGACUCCGACGCAGAGUCGGGCUCCGAGGGCGACGCCAUGUCCCACCGCAGGAAGAAGAGACGGACCUGCGCCAUGACGGCCAACGGGGACACCAGCAGCCAGGACGACUGCGUCAGCAAGGAGAGGAGCUCGUCGCGGUGACCUCCGGCCUCCAGAGGCGACUCCUCCGCUCGCCAACGCAGACACGACCGCUUCUAGUCUAGUUUAGGUGAAGGGACACGAUGGCGGCGGCCGGCGAGGAGCGAGUCGUAGUUUGGGGAGGGGGGGGCUGCUGGAGACCUGCCACCACUGUGCUUUUCAACACCAAUCAGUAUGUUUGUCUGUAGCUUCUGUAGUGUGAGGACAUUUUAACCAGUAACGGACUGGUGAGGGGGAUUCUGGGAACCUGCUGUGGGCUUUGAAAGUCUCCGAGCUGCUUUCUGAUGUGAGUUUGUGGAGAAAUGGGAAUAUUUGUAAAAGUUGUGACACAUUGAGCCACCAGAGUCUGGCCUUGUGCAGCGGUGCAGGUUUCUGUAUCUGGAUCAGGAUCACUCGGACCUUCUAGUUUCACACACCGGUUCAGAAAGAGCAGAUCGCACCAGACAGAGACAGUUUGACUCUCUGCUCUCCGUACUGGUGUCUCUGAACCCGAA